AUCUGGCCCCUGGGUUCCCGCCCCAGGAACACAGGAGCGGAGGACUGGAGGCUGCAGUCUGCAUUCCUUGCUCCAAAGGGCAGGUAGGACAGGCAGAAAAUAGAAACGGCUUCCAGAAAAGAUAAAGGGGAUGACUCCAGCAGAACACUCCACCCCUUUGAAGAGUUCAGAGGAAGAUGUCAGCCCAGCCCCUUCCUGCAGCAACACCCCCUGCCCAGAAACCCUCUCGGAUCAUCCGCCCCCGGCCCCCUUCCCGCCCACGGGCUCCCCACUCCCCAGGGCCUUCUCAGAAUGGCUCUUCUCCCCAGGCACCUCCCCGAAGCUCCAGUGAUGCACCAGCUCCAGGGUGUACCCCCAUUUUCUGGGAGCCCCCAGCCACAUCCCUCAAGCCCCCUGCUCUUCUGCCUCCAUCGGCUUCUAGAACCAGCCUUGAUUCCCAGCCUUCCCCAGACUCACGUUCCAGCACGCCCAGUCCAAUGUCCAGGCGCUCUGGCUCCCCAGAACCUCCUGUCUGUUCUCCAGUACCCCCACCCAAGCCCUCCGGGUCACCUUGCACGCCUUUGCCCCUGCUCCCCAUGGUUGGUGGCUCGAAGCAGGGCGGUUCUGCCUCAGCCCCUGGCACUGUGCGGAGACUGGCAGGCCGGUUUGAAUGGGGGGCAGAAGACAGGACCCAGGCUGCAGGCUCCCUGGAGCGGGGUUCCCCAGGGGGAGCAGAUGUGAAUGGGGAGAGAAAGGACCCAGCUGGGAACCUGUCCCAGGAGAACGGUGCUCCAGAUGCUGCUCUGGCUUGCCCUCCUUGCUGCCCUUGUGUCUGCCACAUCAGCCAGCCUGGCCUGGAGCUCCGAUGGAUGCCUGUAGGCAGCUCUGAGGAUGGGCCCAGAGUCCCCUGCAGGGCCUCCCCGCUGCGCACCUCCCGCUCGCGUCCAAACCCCUCCAGCAUCAGUCACCCCGCAGUCGUGCUCACAUCCUAUCGCUCCACUGCUGAGCGCAAACUUCUGCCACCCCUCAAGCCCCCAAAGCCAACUCGAGUCAGACAGGAUGCUACUGUCUCUGGAGACCCUCCACAGCCGGAUCUCGAUUUGCCUUCUGAAGAUGGAAUCCAAACAGGGGACAUCCCUGAUGACGUUCCUCUGCACCAGAACCCUUUCCCUGCAGCCAUGGAGGCCAGGGAUGAGGAGGGGGUGGAGGAGCUGAAGGAGCAGAACUGGGAACUCCCUCUGCAGGACGAACCUCUGUACCAGACCUACCGAGCAGCUGUGCUGUCAGAGGAGCUGUGGGGUGUUAGUGAGGAUGGGGGCCUCUCUCCAGCAAAUCCUGGGGAAGCUCCUGCCUUCAUAAGACCUCCUGGGCCUCGCAACACCCUGUGGCAGGAGCUUCCGGCUGUGCGAGCCAGCGGCCUCCUGGAGACCCUCAGCCCCCAGGAGAGACGCAUGCAAGAGAGCCUGUUUGAGGUGGUGACCUCCGAGGCCUCCUACCUGCGCUCCCUGAGGCUGCUGACUGACACCUUCGUGCUGAGCCGGGCGCUCCGAGACACACUCACCCCGAGGGACCACCACACGCUCUUCUCCAACGUGCAGCGUGUCCAGGGAGUCAGUGAGCGGUUUCUAGGAACAUUACUGUCCCGGGUGCGUUCUUCCCCCCACAUCAGCGACCUGUGUGACGUGGUGCAUGCCCAUGCGGUGGGGCCCUUCUCCGUGUACGUGGACUAUGUGAGAAACCAGCAGUAUCAGGAGGAGACCUACAGCCGCCUGAUGGACACAAAUGUGCGCUUCUCCGCGGAGCUCCGGAGGCUGCAGAGCCUCCCCAAGUGUGAGCGGCUCCCACUGCCCUCCUUCCUGUUGCUGCCCUUCCAGCGUAUCACCCGGCUCCGCAUGCUGCUGCAGAACAUCCUGCGCCAGACGGAGGAGGGAUCCAGUCGCCAGGAUAAUGCCCAGAAGGCGUUGGGCGCUGUCAGCAAGAUCAUUGAGCGUUGCAGCGCGGAGGUAGGGCGUAUGAAGCAGACGGAAGAGCUGAUCCGGCUCACGCAGAGGCUGCGCUUCCACAAAGUCAAGGCGCUGCCGCUCGUCUCCUGGUCGAGGCGCCUAGAGUUGCAGGGGGAGCUGACCGAGUUAGGGUGCCGGAGGGGGGGCGUGCUCUUCACCUCCCGCCCGCGCUUCACACCCCUCUGCCUGCUGCUCUUUAGCGACCUGCUGCUCAUCACUCAGCCCAAGAGUGGGCAGCGGCUGCAGGUUUUGGACUAUGCCCAUCGCUCCCUGGUGCAGGCCCAGCAGGUUCCUGACCCAUCUGGACCCCCUACGUUCCGCCUCUCCCUUCUCAGCAACCACCAGGGGCGCCCCACCCACCGGCUACUCCAAGCUUCCUCUCUAUCAGACAUGCAGCGCUGGCUGGGAGCCUUCCCUACUCCGGGUCCCCUGCCCUGCUCCCCAGACACCAUCUAUGAGGACUGUGAGUGUUCCCAGGAACUGAGUUCAGAGCCACCAACACCUACCAAGACUGAGGGACUGGGUGUGGAGUCCAGAGCUCCUGCCAAGCGUCUGCACAAGAGUCCUGAAGGCUGGCUGAAGGGGCUUCCUGGGGCCUUUCCUGCCCAGUUGGUGUGUGAAGUCACAGGGGAACAUGAACGGAGGAAGCAUCUUCGUAGGCAUCAGAGGCUUCUUGAGGCUAUGGAGCCCUCUUCAGGCACCACCAGUGACCCCCCACCCUAAUGCAGGCUGAGGAGGGGGCUCAGGUUGGGACACUGGCAGCAGGAUAAAGAGGAACAAAAACAUCCAUCCAGCUGUUGGAUUCACUGCCUGUGGAAACACUACCUCUAGUGACAACCAAUGGGGAUCAAGCUUCCAGACAGGGCAGCCCAUGAAAUAAGGCCUCUGAGCCUACAGCAGUAAGAAUGAGGAUGGAGAACAGAUGAUGGGCACUGAGCUUGCUGAAUCCUUGGCACGUCAGUAUCUUUGCUAUGUUCACAGCCAAGGAAGACAUUGCUGGCUCAAUACAGUUCAAGCCAAGCCAAGCCAAACCAAACCCAAUCCAAGCAAACCAAAGCUCUGCAAUAGAGAUAAAGUCAUACAGUCUACAAGGAUGUUCAGGGACCUCUCCAGCCAAAGAAGAUGGUGACUUGGCCCCAAGAGACCAGCUGUCACUCUACCUGGUUCUACAGCAGUUCUGCCUUUGAGUCUGCCAAGUAUUGGGUUUCAUUCCUUGGAUAUGUCCUGCACCCUCUCAAGUCAUUUCCUGUCCUCUAGAAGAACCUGGAGUGUGUGUCUCAGAGAAUCUGUGUGUGUACGGGCAUCUGCCCUAAAUCAGGAAGGGUGAUCCUGCUGAUCACAGAGAGUGUGUGGUGGCACCCUCCCUCGCCGAGAAUGACUGCUCCAUUUCUUCUCUCACCUACAUUUCUCCUGCUAUUCUUGCCAAGAAAGACAUUAGGGGGGCCUGAGAGAUGGCUUAGUGGAAUAAGCACUUCCCUAGCAAGCACAAGGGUCUGAGUUCAAUCCCUGGUUCUGAAAAAAAAAAAAAAAAAAAAAAAGAAAGAAAGACAUUAGGUCUGAGUUCCAGAAGAGAGUACGCUGAAUGUAGCUUGGCAGGGAGGCCAAUCUGAGGAUGAAAGCCCUGGAUCAGGUCUCCUGGGACACAGGGUUCCAUGACAGUUGGAGGGUGAUGAUAUGGAGCAGUCAAGCAGCCUGGCAAAGGAGCCCAGGGUACAGAUGAUGGUCAGUAGCUGGGGCUCAAGACCCCUUAAAUCUACACAACAUUCUUCUGCCCCAAGCCUUGGUCUCUAUGGUCCCAGUCUGCCUAUCUCCCAAGUUGAACCAUUAUCAUUCAGCAGCCUCAGUCUUGGGCUGUAGAGCUCUGGAUCCCAGGUUGGGCUGAAGACCUGGAAGCUGUGUAGCACAGGCUGGCUGAUGAACCUGCCUCAAGGGCCUGCUGCUUCCACCCUGAUCCUCCCAACAGAAUCAUGGGGCUAAACGGUGAAGAGCUAGAGUUGCUGCCCAGGCCCAAGCAGCGCAUCUGCUUCCAAAUGAACAGCUUCCUGUGAUAAUGCCAGAGGAGGUGAGGGCUGGAGAUGGCUGAAAAGACAGGUGCUGGCAAGCGGGGACCCAAACCUGGGACAUGUGUUUCCCUGUUCUGGGCCAUCACCCAUUCCUUUCAGCUCAUGCCUGGCAACUUGCUUAGACAGAAACUGCCACAGAAACCACAGGAGGUACAAGAACUUUGGAGACUCAAAGUGGGGAGGGUGCUGGCAUUUGGUAUACCCACAAUUUUGGAGAUUAACCUAGCACAGUGCCUGGCAUAUGGAAACCCUCAAUAAAUGUUGGUGGAGCUGUAACAAGGCUCUUCAGGACAGUACAUGCUCACAGGAACAGUGGCCCACAAAGUGGGCUUUAUAAGGGAAGAUCGGGCAGACUAGAAAGGUGUCAAGAUCAGGGAUCAGUUCUGCUGGGAACCGGGUCAUGGACACCAGAAUAAGUCCUGAGUGGACCAGCCCACAGGUCCCAAAGACUAAGGUGGCAGUGAUGGUGGUAGUGGUGACAGUGGGUUGUGACCUCUUGGUAGUAAGGGGUUCUUGCAGCCUGGGGAAAAAGGCAGGGUAGGGCUCUUGCAAGUGAUGAAGAUGUGGGGAGAAGGACACAAGGAUCAGUGAGGCAGCCAUAAAGGCCCUUUGCUGAUGGAGCAAGCAUGUCCGUGCCUAAUUUAAUUAAAUCUACACCUAUUUGAGAACCUUUAGGCAGGCACAGUUAUAAGAUCCAAUGAAAAAGAC